AUGAAUCAGAAGCUACGCUCGAUACGAGCUGGAUAUAGAAGUGCAGUUUCCAGACUAAUAAAGAAAUUUGAAGACGUUCAACAGGAAGAAGAUGGAACCGUGGACACGGAGGAUUUGUCAAACAUAUUGGAUAGUCUGAAACGGAAGCAAGAAACAUUACGCAAGUUAGAUGAGGACAUAGUACAGGAACUGGACGACGGAGAUAUUGAAACAGAGAUCGUUGAAGCAGAUGAGUAUGCAUUUAACUUAGAAGACGAAGGAAAAUUGCCGAUCAGAGUAUUGAUCGUACCGGAAAUCGCCGCACCACUCAAAACUUACAUCCGCAAAGCUGCUAAAUUGUCAUAUUUAUCCGAGAUAAAACUCGCACAUCCAGUCACCGCGAACGACAAUUUUCAAGUCUCAGUACUCGUAGGAGCCGACUACUAUUGGUCAAUUAUAGAAAACCAUAUCAUUAGAGGUGACGGACCUACUGCCGUGAAAUCAAAAAUAGGUUAUUUACUGUCAGGACCACUUCACGGUACGCCAAGUUACAAUGACCAGCCAACAUCUAUGAUGAAUGUAAUGACAUCAAGAAAGACAAAAGAAUGCGACCUGGAGAAGUUUUGGAAGUUAGAAACACUUGGAAUUGAGCAAAUAGAUGAGAAGGAAACAGGGAUCAAGGAAUUAAGAGAAGUAUAUGAGAAGACAUGUAUCAGUUACCAUGACAACAGAUAUUUUGCUACAUUGCCCUGGAAAGAAGAGCAUCCACCAUUACCAAUGAACAAAGAGAUAGCCCAUCGAAGAACAGAAAACGUAAUUACACGACUGAAGAAGGAACCGCAUUUAUUACAGCAAUACGGAAAAAUAAUAGGUGAACAAGAAAGAAGAGGAUUUAUAGAGAAGAUAGACGAAGACACAGUGACUAGUAACAGAGUGCACUACAUACCGCAUCAUGCCGUCAAAAAAGAAUCGUCAACUACACCUAUUAGGAUAGAGUUUGACUGUAGCUGUAAACCAAGACCAGAAACUCCUAGCUUAAACGACUGUUUAAUGGAUACACCACCUGAUCUAAACGAGUUAACAGGUAUUUUACUUAGAUUUCGAUUGAAUCAAUUUGCAGUUUCAACAGAUAUUGAAAAGGCGUUUUUUAAUGUUGGAUUAGAAGAGAAAGACCGUGAUGUAACUAGAUUUUUUUGGUUUUCCGAUCCUACAGACUCUACAAGUCCGCUCUCAGUUUACCGAUUCAAAUCAGUCUUAUUUGGAGCUACUUGUUCUCCAUUUAUUUUAAAUGCCGUUGUUCAAAGGCACCUAAAUGAAAAUACAUGUGAAUGGACUGAUGUUAUACAGAAGGAUCUAUACAUUGACAACAUAAUUUCAAGUUUUCCAACCGAGAGCCAAUUACUACAAUAUUUUGACACAUCUCGUAUCUUAUUUGCAAAAGCGGGAUUUAAUUUACGCUCUUGGGAAUCAAACAACAAGACUUUACAAGAUCGUGCAACGUCAAAAAAUAUACAAGAUAAUGAUAAACUAAUCAAAGUAUUAGGACUUAGAUGGAAUACAGACAAGGACACGCUUACUUUCGCAAAACAGGAGUACGUCGAAAUGGAGAAUCAUUUGAUAACAAAGCGUGAAAUUCUGAGACAAUCUUCAAAAAUUUACGACCCUCUAGGAAUAAUAAGUCCGAUAACAGUAAGGAGUACAAUGUUCAUGCAGACCUUAUGGGAGAAAAAAACUGGAUUGGGAUGA